AUGGAAGUGGCCGGAGUUUUGAUCCAAGCUUUUUCUUUGCAGUCAAAGGACACCAUGAAAACAUGCUUUAUUUGGCUUCUAAGGGCGGGAUGGGUAGCCGGGACUCUCCCUUUCCUCAUCACUUCACUCCCUUGUUCACGUCUCGGUUCAUUUCAUGCCCUUUUACUUGGAUUUGCCAAGAGGGGCAAGAUUAUGCCAUCUUCUUCAUCCCACAAGUUGACAGUUCCUCAAAGUUUCUUUCUACAUUUUUAUUCGUUGGCUGUGGUUUGGACAGCAGUGUUGUUAAUGGGAACUUGGUGGUUGGCAGACAAAGUUGCUCCUUUAAGUCACUUAACUGGAGGUGGGUCUCAUGUUUUUUCCUUGCACAAGUCUGGGUUUACCUCUGCGGAAGACAGAUUCAAAGUCUGGAAGUCUGUGUUCACGCUGUUGUUGAUGGAAAUUCAAGUCCUGAGGCGCCUUUAUGAGACCCUUUUUGUUUUCAACUACAGCUCUUCUGCACGAUUGCACUUUGUUGGAUACGUCACUGGCAUUUGCUAUUACAUAGCAGCACCUCUGUCACUCUCUGCAUUUUGUGCGGCUGAUCAAGUGGCUGAAUUCAAUGUCGAAGGCCAAGAAAUGGUGUCAAUUACAGGUUUUGAUUUGUGGGGAUAUGUCAAGCCUAUCACAAGGCUUGGAUGGUGCCAAUGGGCUGGUGCUGCUAUAUUUGCUUGUGGAUGGUUGUAUCAAUACUCUUGUCAUGCAAUUCUUGGUUCACUUAGAGGACAUAGAUCAGAUCAAACUGUUGAAUAUGUGACUCCACGUGGUGAUUGGUGCAACAUCGUCUCAAGCCCACACUAUCUGGCUGAGAUGAUAAUCUAUGUCGGUCUAUUGGUAGCCAGUGGAGGAACUGACUUCACUGUAUGGCUACUCCUUGGAUUUGUGGUGGCUAAUCUUGCAUUCGCCGCAGCAGAAACUCACCGCUUGUACCUCCACAAGUUUGAGGACUAUCCACCUGACCGCUGGGCCAUUCUUCCAUUUGUUUACUGGUCGAUCAUUAAAUUUUACAUGUAA